AUGGCAUCACGCUGGACUCAUUCGUUUGAGGAUGAUGAUAGACCACAAGCAAGAUCUUCAUUCUGUGAGAAUGACUCGAUGGAUUGGAGGACGCUGGCUGAUUCUCUGGGUGGGCCAUUCUCCACAGAAGAAGAAGCUUUCUCGUGGCCCAGACCAAAAACAGUGCAUUUACGGCGCACAACGCAAGGUUUUGGCUUUACCCUGCGGCACUUCAUUGUUUACCCCCCAGAGUCUUCCAUGCACUAUCCAUUCCCGGAGGAAGAUCAUGGCCGCAGUGGGAGGCAGAAGAAUAGGCUGGAACCGAUGGACACCAUUUUUGUGAAGCAGGUCAAAGAAGGUGGUCCGGCUCAUGGGGCAGGGCUUUGUACAGGUGAUCGCAUUGUCAAGGUGAAUGGAGCAAGUAUUAUUGGCAAGGCCUACGGGGAGGUGAUAGCCCUAAUCCAGGAGAGUGGCGAAUUCCUUGAACUCUGCGUGAUGCCAAAAGAUGAGGACAUACUACAACUUGCCUACUCCCAGGAUGCCUACCUCCGAGGCCACAGUAACUACAGUGGAAAUGCUCUACACAUUCCUGAACCACCCCCAGUAUGUUACCCGAGGGUAGACUGUAAGCCUUCGGGCAUGGCCACUGACUCGGCGGGCCCUGUCUGCCGCGGGCCGUCUGUAGACCAUGGGUACCGGAAGGAAAUUACAGAGAGGUUGGACAGUUUGCGAACCAGCCAGAACUUUAGUGUUCCUCAGCACGUUCCCCGAGGAGACUGGUGCUCCAAGGGCAUGCGGCGCAGAAGCACCUCACAUGAACGCUCUUUUCCAGGACCCCCACCUCACUUCCAGGUGCCCCCCCGCAGUGCCUCCCAGGAUCGGAUGAGUUCUGAGAGGGUUGCCCAUGGAAGGAACUGGCCCCCACGUAGCAUGUCCCAGGAAGGCCUUCUCAACAAAGGCCGGGCACACUCCACAGACUAUGUUGAUCCUUCAGAGCUUGUUCGGCCAAUGGAGAGGGUUGCAGCCUACAGCCGAGCAGAGCAAGGUACUAGGGUCAGCAGACAGUCCAUGCCCAGACAAGCUGUGCUCUACAGGCCCUCAGCAGGAUAUGUUGGUGGUAUUAGGGGGGCUCCAAAUCCCCCUGUGUACAAUAAAGGAACCAAUUCUCAUCAGUUCCGCUCCUCACCGAUGCUUUCAGAUAGACCUCCACAUUUCGGGAAGAGCACAAGUGCAGAACAUUCCCUUUCCCUUGCUGAACAAAGAGCUGGCAUCAGAGCUUCCCAUGCAGGGUACCCCUCACAACAUAGUCACAACAGAACCAGAGCCGAGUCCAUGCAGCCUGUGGAGGCAAGAAAAGACCCAAUGUUAUUUUCCCACAGGUCUGCCUCCUGCUCUACCCCAAAGCAACUGCCCAAGAGACCAAACAACCUCAAGCCCCUCCCCCCAGAUCCACAGACACAGGUCAAUGGACGCAGCCCCACAGAAGGUGGAGUGGUAUUAAGAGAAAAGCCCCCUUCUGGAAAAAAUCCCAGCCCCCUGCGUCACCCCUCCUACAUUCUGGCUGUAAACGAUGAUGGAAACGAUCCUGCUGCCGAUGUAGUGGCAUGCUGGCUUCCCAAUGAUGCUCGGCGGGAAAUGCAAAUGAGACGCCUAGGGGAACAGCGCCACACCUCCUGCUCCAGCAACCUGGAUGAAUCUCUCGACUCCAUCCCAUUCAUUGAUGAGCCUGUCAGCCCGAGUGUGGACCGUGAGGCGGCGCCCAUUCCUCCUUCUGCCGUCAUAUCUGUGGCUCCUUCCAUAACCACAGGUCCCUCCAGUCCCACCUCCACAUGCCCCCCAAUCCGCCGACAACUCUCUCAUGACCAAGAAUCUUUGAGAAGUGCUUUGUUGGAGUCGGACUCUAACAAAACUGAACGCUCUAAAUCUUACGAUGAAGGUUUGGAUUCCUACCAAGAAGAGCACAGGGGGCGAUCAUCAUCUGCAUCAAAGCAUAUGCCAAGUCUUCGAGGUUUUAAAAGGGCUUUGGAUGGUCAUAAGUCCUCUGGGGACUCGGGGUCCCGGAGGGAUUCUUCAGCAGACAUCUUUGAAAAUUCUUCCAAAGAAGGACCUCUUAACUUCAGGCAACUUAGUACAGAAAAGAAUAAGCGAGUUGGAGGAGGCAUGAGAUCCUGGAAACAGAUGUACGCAGUGUUGCACUGCCACACUCUGACCCUGUAUAAGGACAGGAAGGAGGCACUCUCCCAUGCAGCGGGCCAGUCGGAAGAGGAGCCUCUGCAGAUCAGUAUUAAGGCCUGUCUCAUCGACAUUUCCUACAGCGACACAAGGCGCAAAAAUGUGCUGCGACUCACCACCUCCAACUGCGAGUAUUUGUUCCAGGCUGAAGGAAGAGAGGAGAUGCUCACCUGGAUAAAAGUCAUUCAGGAAAAUAGUAACUUGGAUGAAGAGAAUGCUGAUGUAACGAGCCAGGACUUGAUCAGUCGAAAGAUCAAAGAGUACAACAUGAUGAGUACAUCCAGCAGCAGGUCAGAACCUUCUCCAAAGCCCUCUCGACAGUCCCUCAGCAUCAAACAGGCCUUCCUUGGAGCAAAAACAGAAAGAGGCCAUAGUCCGCAUUCCCCUAGAACUGGAGAGGACCGACGUGCUUUGAAAGAUGACUCAAGUCCACCGCGGGACAGGGCGGCCUGGAAGAUUGGUAUAGCCGGGAUAAUGAGGAAGCCUUUUGAGAAGAAGACCCCUGCAGGAAUCACGUUUGGCGUGAGACUCGAUGACUGUCCUCCCGCACAGAGCAACAGGUUUGUUCCCCUGAUUGUGGAGGUGUGCUGUAACGUGGUGGAGGAGAGGGGACUGGAGUACACCGGCAUCUACAGAGUACCAGGAAACAACGCAGCCAUUUCCAACAUGCAGGAGGAGCUCAACACCAAAGGCAUGGCCGACAUCGACAUCCAGGAAGACAAAUGGCGGGACCUGAACGUCAUCAGCAGCCUUCUCAAGUCCUUUUUCCGAAAACUUCCCGAACCUUUGUUUACAAAUGAGAAGUAUGGUGAUUUUAUUGAAGCAAGCAGAACUGAAGACUCUGUCGAAAGGCUAAAGGAAUUGAAAAGGCUGAUUCAAGAAUUACCAGAUCAUCAUUUUGAAACUUUAAAAUUUCUUUGUAUUCAUCUCAAAAAAGUUUCUGAAAACUGUGAAAAGAACAAGAUGGAGCCUCGUAACUUGGCAAUUGUGUUUGGUCCGACACUGGUCAGGACUUCAGAAGACAAUAUGACAAACAUGGUGAACCAUAUGCCCGACCAGUGUAAGAUAGUGGAAAACCUUAUUCAGCAGUGCGACUGGUUCUUCUGUGAGGACGGGGAUGAAGACCCUGUUACCACGGCUGAGCAGGAGAGCACAGUGCAGUCACAGCCUGUGCCAAAUAUUGACCAUUUGCUCACGAAUAUCGGAAGAACUACAGCUUCACCGGGUGAAGUGUCAGAUUCAGCAUGUAGUGAUUCUUCAAAAUCAAAGGGUCUUUGGGGCUCAGGGAAGGAUCAUUGCAGUAAAGAGAUGCUGCGCUCGUCUUUCUUCGUCAGCCGUAAGCGUAAGAAGCCCAAGGACAAAGCCCACCCCAGCAGCUCCGACGAUGACCUGGACUCUGGAACCCGUGUCCUGGAGGAAGAGGAGUGUAUGCCGCAGCCCAUGUGGUCACCUGACAGUCGGACUGAGGAAGAAGAGGAGGGAGGGAGAACCAGGCUGAGCUCAGAGGAUCAGCUGGAUGGCCCAGAUAAACCACCCGUGUCUCCUGAAGUGCAGACGCCCUCCCCACCUCACUCGCCUAGUCUGAGUGAGCGCAUGGCUCAUCAGUCCACAUUGUGUGAUCCACCUAGUAACUAUGACGACACAGUGUCAGACUUGGGAACCAUGAACAGCACCAGUUCCCAGGCCUCUGUUCCCCGAGCUCGACACUGCCGAUAUCCGCCUACGGGGUACGAGGGUACUAUGGGCAGUGCGAGCACAGAUGUUUGCUCCAUCACCUCUGACUACUCCACCACGUCCUCCAUGACUUUCCUGACCGGCGGUGAGCUCAGCGCCCUGAAUCCUGAGGUCCAGUCUGUGUCCGAGAGCCGUGGAGACGAUGCAGAUGACGAGCGCAGUGAGCGCAUCAGUGAGGGCCAGCCUGUGGAGACGGACAGCGAGAGUGACCUCUCCGUCUUCACUGUUGGCCGGGACAGUGUGGUGCUGCGCCCACUACAAUCCCACAGGCUCAUCGAGGGGGACACACUGUCUCGCAAGAGGAGCCAGAAGACCACUAGUGAGUCCUCUUUGGACGGUCGCAGUGAGAAAGACACCAACAGGCUUUCCCGUGCCAUGGGCUCCACCAAAGGCCGCUCCAGUGGCAGCCUCAGUUCUUCGUCUCGCAGUGAGCUUGAUAAGACUGAGCCUGCAUGGAGGCUGAAGAUCACCGAUCGCCUCAAAGUCCGCCUGCGCAUGUCUGUGGACGACAUGUUUGGAGUGGGCAGUCAGCGCACUCCAGAGGGCCGCAGCAAAAAGAAGAACAUUCGUCGGCGCCACACAAUGGGUGGGCAGAGAGACUUUGCGGAGCUGUCCGUGCUGGACUGGUCCCAGCCCGUCUCCAUUGGUACUCGAUCAGAGCUGUCAGCUGUAGACCGACUCAAACCCAAGUGCAGCUCUCAGGACUUCUCCAUUGGUGACUGGAUUGCCCGUGAGCGGCAUCGCUCAAGCAACCCAGAGGUCAGCCUGGAGCAGGGGGAGCAGCUGGAGGAACUCGGAGGACAGGACACUGCCUCUGCUUUCGCUGAAGGAGCGUCCCGAUCUGAGGCUGUCAAUGGUGAAAUUCCCCCCCAUAAAAAUCUCAGCCUCGCAGCCACUGCUCACCCCCACAAACUGACCAGCUCCCAGGUGGUGCACUCACGGUUUUACCAGUAUCUGUGA